CCCAUUUCACCAACCUCAACUCCUCAAAAGAUUCCUCUCCACCUCCCAUCGUCCUUUCCUUUUCUCAUUUACCCUUUUCUCCGCCCCGAUCUCUGAUCCGGGACUCUUGAGCUGUCUAUCGGCGUGCUGAUAGUCAACGGCUCCUCCUCCCCCCUCAUCCUCUCCCACGUCCUGUUUGUGCAGGCGGUGUGUUGUGGUUGUGCCCAUCCUCGCGGCUUUCCGCCGUGUAAGUUCCACGACACCAGCCUGCCCUGACUGACGCACACCAAGUCAAUCAAUGGCUUCCACUUUGAAUUCUGUGCCAGCUGGAAACAGCGCCGCUGGCAAUGCGGUCAACAGCUCUGCACAGAACUCUGGCCGACCUUCUUUGAGAUCGAGCGCCAACUCCAAGGGGGACGGUCGCCGACAGUCUGGCAGUCCCGUGGAUGGUGGUCAACGGCGCACAAACUCCCACAAGGCUUGGACCCAAGGGACCAACCCCAUUACCCAACGUUCCUCGUACGCUUCUCCGAAUGGCAAUGUGACUCGACAGACUGGCUCCCCUCGACCGGGCCAGAAGGAGUCCAACACCCCCGACAGCCAUGCUCAUGACCGACUGGUAUUCUUGUUCGCCAGCUUCAUUGGCCUGAACACUACCAUCACCACUAAGAGCGGGGAGAAGUUCACUGGUAUCUUUUCUUCCUCCAGCCUGGAAGCGAGUGAUUCCUCGUUUCUUCUGAAGAUGGUGCAGCGCAUCUCCCAAGAGAACCAGGGAAAGACCAACGGUGUGAGUGACACGACGACUCCAUACGUUGGGUCCGCUCCAGAGCACGGCAUGGCAUUUGAUAUCAAGGAUGUGGCCGAUAUAUUUGUGCCGAAGGUGGUCCCGGCCGAGGUCACUGUCAAGGAAUCAAACGGAGGCGCUGGUUUCAGAACUGAUGCUGAUAUCUCUGGAAAUCUUGCGAUGCGAGAGCGCACUUUGAAGCGCUGGGAGCCGGCCGAGCAUGAGGUGGAUAUGUCUCUGGAGAGUGCGGCUGGCGACUCGAAGGGGUGGGACCAAUUCGAGACAAACGAGCGCCUGUUCGGCGCAAAGACCAGCUAUGACGAGCACAUUUACACAACCCGCAUUGAUCGUUCGGACCCAACCUACCGCCAAAAGCAGGUCGAGGCAGCUCGCAUUGCGGCUGAAAUUGAGGGCACUGAUGUUGACAAUGCGCACAUGCGUGAGGAGCGAGGUCUGGUCGCUCCAGACACCGGUGAUCAAGACGAGGAAGACAAGUACAGUGGUGUGCAACGUGAGAACAAGGUCUUCCCGCCCUUGGUGUCUGGGCAACCCAACAAAUACACUCCUCCUGGUCGCCGCCAGGCUGGAGCUCAACCUAAUGUCCCGGCCAAGCAGGCCUCGACAACUCCUGCUGCUGCUGCUGCUCAGGCCAACGAGGUCCCCCCGGCGGAGAAGCAACAACCUGUGCCAGCUCCCAAAGCUGCUUCGGAGAUUCAGCAAAAGGUCGAGUCUAUUAAGCCCGCCCCCACUGCUCUUACUGCUCCUGUCGCCAAGCCACAGCGCACGAUUCCUGAGAAUGCCACUGCCAAUGUCGAGACAGAGGUGCUCGACCACUUCCGUCAGUUCGCCAACAGUGAAAAGUUGAAGAUGCAGGAACGCCGCCGGAACCAGGCGUCUUAUGAUCGGACAGUCAAAUUGAACGAACUGAUGAAAUUCUCAAAGAACUUCAAGCUUUCAACUCCAGUGCCUAAGGACUUGGUGCCUAUUCUGGCCAAGGAUCCUCACAAGCAAGAAGCAAUCAUCAGCCGAGUUCACCAGUCUGACGACAAGCCUUCCCCGAAGGCUGCUGCGCAGGUCCCUGAGCAGAAGGCACCUGUGCGCCCCGCUGGGCCAACCGGCACAACUUCCCCUGUAGCUCCAUCUGAUCGCCAGAACUAUCCUCGUGGCCGCCAGGGCUAUCUGCCGACGGGUCCCCUCGCUGGUCCAGGUGGCCGAUACCCCCAGCAACCCAUGCAGGCAGGUCGCCCGGGAACUGGUAUGCUCAGCCAUCGUUUGGCAGACAAUCUCCAGCAGCGUAAGGGUGCAGGCAUGGGCCCUGUUCCUGCCCCCCUCCCUAUUCAGGAUGCUCGUGGACCCCCUCCUACUGGCCCUGCUAGUGAGCAGCCUCGUGUGACAAGCCCCAUCAAGAGCCAAACUCCCACCACUGCUGCAGCUUCGAAAUUCAACGUCCGUGCCAUGGAGUUCAAGCCUAACCCAGCUGCCAGCACCUUCACCCCCGGCGGUGCUGCUCCUGCACCUCCUACUGCCCCGGCUGCCGCUGCUAGCGCUGUGAGUGCGGCCAGCCCUAGUUCAUUCUCUCGAAACCGUUCCGUGUCUCGCGCAACCACCCCAUCUGCGUUCUUUGGCAUCAGAAAACCGCAGUCAGCCUCGGAACGCCCGUCCAUCGAUGAUCAAUUCAACCCAAUCAAGCGGAUGAAGAAGGAAAGUGCUGAAGUUGCAGAGAACAAGCCUUAUCCGUCUACCGGAGGCAUCCCCCCUCCCUACAAGACGGCGCCUACAUGGGAUGUUCCUCAAGGAAACGAAGAGAAAAACUUCGAGGCGAUGUUCAAGCAGCCGGGUGGUGUGCCAUCCGUCUCGCCUCAGGGUCGGUCUGUUUCUAGCAACCCAAACCUGCCCCAGCAACAUCAGCUGCCCUUCCACUUCCAGCAAGGAAACCCUGGCAUGCCUCCCUCCUCUGGACCUCCCAACGGUCCUCAUGUCCACCAGGGCCCUCAUGGUCCUGGCCCUCAUAUGGAAGACCAUCAUCGCAUGCAGCUGUCUGCAUCUUCGUCGCAGGUUUUCCCCUCGCCUCGCAUGAGCCAGAGCCACGUCGGUUAUCCCUCACCCAUGGCUCCUCACGCUCAGCUAGCUUUCGGACAGCCGAUGCCUCAGUUCUACGGGGGUCCUCAGCCAGGACAUAUGAGGCAUUAUCAGAAUGGUCCUCAAUUUUCUGGGCCGCAAGGUAACAUGGGAGCACCCAUGAUGGUGCAGAACCCCUCCAACGGACCCUAUAUGGGUGUCCCUCAGGGCAUGUCUCCUUAUACCCCGCAGAUGCAGAUGUACUCACCUUCCCCCGGCCAUGCUUAUCCCCAGCAUGCGCCCCCACCCCAGCCCCACAGCGGCUAUCCCAGCCCCAGCCGUGGCGCCCCCAUGAUGAUGCACCAGAACUCGCAGUCUGGUCAGCCACCACAGCCAAUGAUGUUCAUGUCUCCGGGUCAGCCAGGACAACCCGGAUUCGGGACUCAACCGGGCCACAGUGAGUCUCCCCACUCAGUCGGGAUCGCCUUCGUCGCUCAUUCUCCUCCUCGCUUAGUGCCCACGGGUCGUGGUGGUUACCCCCAGCAGCAACCUCACUUCUCGUCUAGUCCCCACCAGGCACACCAUUUCCCGCCUAACCACCGGACGCCUAGCAACGGCUAUAACCAAACUCCUCAGAUGCCUCCUCAAAUGUCGACCAACGCCCCGGCCAACGCUGGAGCUGGCUCUCACGCUGCUGAGCCUUCCGACGAGGGCAAAUGAGCCGCCACAAUUCGUAUAUGAAUUUACGGAGCGCGCGUCCUGUUCUGUUUACGAUGUAGAUGAUUCUCGCUCUCCUGCGCCGUGACUCGAGAUUUGCAGCUUUGCGUGCACUCUCGUCAUUUGUCUGAUCCCCGGGAUUCGCGAUCUAUCUCUGCCUUCACCUCUCCGCUAUCAUUGGGUAUUCAUCCCCCAGUGUACCGUUUGGUCAACGACAUGUCGGCACGAUACUUGGCAGUAAAAUGGAGGAGUGGACAUAUUUAGAUGUCUUUGACCACUCUACUCUGGGCUUGGCGAUAUACCUGACAAACAUAUUCCUCGGAUUUUCUGUUUGUUAGCCACUGUCCUAGACGUCCCAUGAACUGCCACAUCGGUCACAUUUCCUCAACGGAGCUUCCUUAAACCGGCAUUCCCUUCCACUUGCAACAAUAUGACAAGCAUCUGGACACGAGGCCCUCCGUCAGAAUUCCCAUCUUCCCUUUUUUUCUACUGCCGUGCUCGAGAUUUGUUUUGCCUUCUACCAAUUGUGACAUCAAGCGCCUUCAAGGUUGCAGAUGAUUCAUCUGCUUCUUUUCCCUCUUCUUUUUUUUCCAUUUUCCGUCUGUGCCUCCUCAGGGUGGUAUGGGAUCGUGAUGGGCUACGCUUCAGGAACUGACAUGAGUGAAUGAUCGGAUGAUCGGAUAUGGAGGUGGAGAGGUUGUUGCGAGGGUGGGUGAGUGAGACGUUGUGGCCGAUAUGUGAUUGGUCUUUGCUACAGUCCUACGGGAUGCAAUGAAUGAUUAUACUCAAUGUCAAAGUUCCAACCUGUAGCGUAGUUUUCUAUUAUGCGCUAAAUAGAUAAAUAAACAUGACUUCGACAGGAGACGCUCAGCUGGGACCUGCCAUAGCCUUGGCGUCAUGACCUGGAGUAUAAAUCAACCAACAAGUACAAAUCGAACCUUCUGUUCGACUUCGGUAUCUCUUUCGAGUGUAUCCGAGUAAAGCUUCGGCGAAGCUAUUGGGUGUGAAUGUCAAAAUUCUAUCCGUCCAUGGCGAGUCCAUAUCUUGACCACGACAGG